GCAAAAAAAUGGAGGAGCAAAGACUUCAAUCAGUGCCGGAGAUGAUUGACGGCAACAUCAAAGCUGAGGAAACGGAACCGAGUGCUGAAGAAAAGGUGAACAAGGAGGAGGAGGAUGACGACGAUGAGGAGUUCUAUGAGAGGAUUGAAGCGCCUAAAUUCGUUGAUUUUACUAAACCCAACACCUUUCGCACUGAUGAUCGCUACUGGUUCUGCUCCCGGGUCGGUUGUGAUCAAAAGCACGAGGAGGAAAUAAACCCAGAAGAGAUCUCUAGAAACUUUGUUCUCCGGGUCCUGGCAGCAAGAAGUCCCAACAUUAAGCUUCGGAAAGCACUGAAUGGGGAACACUCCAGCAUGAAAUGUCCACUUUCAGCUCCUGCAAAACCUUCCAAGUCCAGGAUGCCGAGGUUAGCCGUGGUUUCUUCUUCGAUUUCUUGCAAGAUGGGUGAUCCACAAAGCAAAAUCAAAGCUACUUCAAAAGUUACUUCUACCCCAGUGGUGAAGUCAAGGCAAGUUGCUGCCAAGUAUAUGACAACACCAAGGAACAAAAACUGUCUUCCCAAUCCCAGCUCCUUUCGAAGUGUUCAAAAUCCAAAGACGACCAAUGAUCAUGUGCCUAAGGAUCGAACAGUAGCAAAGGCACUAGUUUUUCGCUCCCCGAAGAAGGCCAUGAGUCUUAAAAAAUCUGUUGAAUUGCAAACCCCUUUAACAAAGAUUUGUGAAGGGAUGAAGAGGCUUGAGAUAGCACGUCAAAAGAAGACAUUAAAGUGUAUCAAAAGCAAGCCCAAGCCAGAAACUGAAGAUUCCUCUAUAAGGCAAUUAAAGAUUUGCAAGGGUGAUAAAAGGUUCAAGGAUCUGGUACCUUCCAAGUCUACAAAGACUCAGCACAAGAAGAUCCCAACUGACAAAGUGGUUGAAAACAAUUAUGGUGACAUGGAUGUCGAUGUGACAGUGAGGGAUGGUUCUACCUUUGAUUGUACCAAGAAAGAAGAGGAUCUGCAACCGAAAGAAACUUCUGACACUACAAGUUCACAUGAUUUGGGAGCUAAAAUGAACUUGCCAAAUUUAGAAGAUAAAGAGAAUAUGGGAAGUGCUGAAGAUCAUUCAAAUGAAACGUUGGCAGGACAUGGGAGUGGACAAAUGAAUGAUGAUGGUAAAGAAAAUGCUUUGAAUCCUGAAGAUAAUAACAGAGUAUUUAACAACCGGCCACUGGGUGAUAAGAUUCUUAGCAAGGAGACACAUAAAAAGAACAAGGUUGUUCAAACACUAGAUAAGAAUUUGAAAGGCGGUCUUACUUCUAUCGGUGCUGGUCCUACAGUGGUGAAAUAUAAAAAACCGAAGCCUACCAACAUCAAGCCUUUUAGGCUAAGAACUGAUGAAAGAGGGAUUCUUAAAGAAGCUACACUGGAGAGAAAGCUUCAUUUUCCUGCUCCUGAGAAAGAGGUUGUAAGAGAUACAAGUGUGAUAAAGAAGACAUUUCGGAUUCCAAAGAACGAGAAGUUUUCUAUUGAACAAAGAAAGCACAUUGAUUCUACUAGUAAUAAUUGUGGAAAAGAAUCAGCAGCAGGUGGAGUGUCCAGUACAACUGCCCUAAAGAUGCAAAUGGGAUCAAAACCAGUCCCUACUACUGCACGAAAAAACGCUGAAUCAACACAGCAAAGACCCAGAUCUAUGACCAGGUUAAGGACACGAUCACCUUCUCUUCAGCAACAGCCUCAAGGGGUUGCUUCACCUAGGAAGGUAGGUCAACAACGACUCGGUGUAAUAAAGGAGAAAUCUUCUAAAGUGAACAGUGAUGUUAUGGUGGCGGAGAACAAAACUAGAGCAACUUGUGCUGCAAGAUCCACAUCGCAGACAAAGCGGCCUGUGACCAUUGCUAAAGAACCAAACUUUCACAGCUCACGUCGACCAAGGAGUUGCCCAAAGAUAAUUGUUUAAGGCAUGGUGGUGGUUUUGUUGUAUGUAAGAUUCAUUUCAUCCAUCAAUCAUUCAUUGAAUUUCACUCACUAUUUUCUCCAUGGCAUUUGAAAGACUUUUGUAGGCAUUUGUUCAAUUAUUAUGCUACAAAAUAUUUUGUAGCCACUUAUAUAUCUGAUUGGCUCUUGUGUAGAACAAGCUUUU